UGGCACUGAGGGACGAUGUGGUUUGCGUUGUCCCCGAGAAAACGUCACUGCGGAAGAGAAAGCCGGAGAGGAGAAGCUGGGAGUGUGUCGGAGCAGCGGCCAGGCAGGGAGCCAGACAUGUGGCGGGAGAGCCUUUCAAACGCAUGGGAGAGCAUCGUGUCCCGGAUCAGGCCUUUUGACUAUUCUCAGAAGAAUGCAGUCCUGGUCCCUGUGGCUGCCCUGGGGGUUGGAGGGAUGCUGCUCUGCUGGCUCAGAUCUGGGCGCAAGAUGAAGACCAUUGACAUGGGCGAUGGGUGGUGGGGCGCAGGAGAAAGGCCCCCCAAAGGGAAAGAAGACACAAGCAUCCGUCCCUUCAAGAUUGAAACAUCUGACCAAGAAAUCGAGGACCUGCACCAGCGCCUGGAUCGGUUCCGCUUCACACCGCACGUGGAAGGAGCCGCCUUCCACUACGGCUUCAACUCCAGCUACCUGCGGAAGGUGGUGGACUACUGGAGGAAUCAGUUUGACUGGCGCAAGCAAGUGGAAGUGCUGAACAAAUACCCCCACUUCCACACCACCAUUGAAGGGAUUGAUAUCCAUUUUAUCCAUGUGAAGCCAUCCUAUGUUCCUCAUGGUCAAGCUGUUCGACCUCUGCUGAUGGUCCAUGGCUGGCCUGGCUCCUUCUAUGAGUUCUACAAGAUCAUCCCUCUGCUCACGGAGCCAGCCAAGCACGGCCUGAAUGAGGGUGAUGUGGUGUUUGAGGUCAUCUGCCCCUCCAUCCCAGGAUAUGCUUUCUCAGAGGCCUCUCACCAGAAAGGGUUUGACUCCAUAGCAACUGCCCGGAUAUUCCAUAAGCUGAUGAACAGAUUGGGCUUCAAGGAAUACUACCUACAGGGAGGGGACUGGGGAUCUCGCAUUACCACUAACAUGGCCCAGAUGCUGCCACAAUCUGUGAAAGGGCUUCAUCUGAAUCUUGUUUUCAUCAUGGCACAAGGCUUGGGAAAGAUGAUUAGUACAAUGCUUGGGGCUUAUGUACCAUGGCUUGUAGGCUUCAGCAGGGAAGAUGUUCGACGUUUCUAUCCUUUCAUGGAGAAAAACAUUUAUGAAGUCCUACGAGAGUCUGGAUACUUACACAUCCAAGCCACCAAACCAGACACUGCAGGUUGUGGACUGAAUGACUCCCCAGUGGGGCUCGCUGCAUAUAUUAUGGAGAAAUUCUCAACCUGGACAGACAAAUCUUUUCGGACUAAAGAUGAUGGAGGCUUGGAAAGCAAAUACUCUCUUGAUGAGCUUUUGACCAAUGUGAUGAUUUAUUGGGUGACAUCCUCCAUUGUGUCCUCAAUGCGAUACUACAAGGAAAACUUUUCCAAGGACCCAAGAAUUCAUGACAGGGUUAGCGUACAUGUUCCCACAGGGAUUGCAGCCUUUCCUCAGGAGAUUGUACACGUACCACGUGUCUGGACAAAGAAGGUCUACAAGAACAUAGUCACUUACACUUACAUGCCACGUGGAGGGCAUUUUGCUGCCUUUGAGGAACCAAAGCUCCUGGCACAAGACAUCAUGCAGUUUGUCCGAAAAGUGGAACAGCUGUGAGCCUGCAGUUGAAAUAUGUGCACAGAAUGGAAACAAGGGGCUCUACCAGUGACAGAACAGGGUUUGUUUAAUCCCUCAAAAUAAUCUCAUAUAGAAGCCAGCAUUUUAUUUUGAUAAUAAUUACAGUCUUGAUUUUUAAAAUUCAAUUAGUAAUGUUUUCAUAAGGAAAAAAAAACAAACAAAACAUCCAAAACGCAUUUUGUGUUCCUUAGUUCCCAGCACCUUAUCAUUGCUGCAUUCAUAGUUCAAGUAUAACAGAAUAUGUAAACAGUUUAUUGCAGUAACAUUGCACUCAACUGAGGAAGAGAGGUGAAAGGAACUGGCCAAGGCUUCUGUUUAAAAGCUUCUUUAAACACUUGGGCACCUGCAUUCUUAAACAUGUGUUACAAGCAGCUUUGGUGGAAGCAUAAAAGGUUUUGAUCUCCUGAGCACAACCACUCCUACAUUCAAGUUAUAUUUUUCCUUCAAGAGGCCUGAGAUUCCAUAUUCAAGUGGGCAGCUGCACAUAAGGCAGCUUUCAUCACUCAAAGUUCUUCCCCUAGAACAAGCUUAAGAAGCAGCUACUGCACAUUGUAAACAGAUAUUAAUGGAUACUACAGCAGAGAGGGCACUCUACUGUUCUCCAAGCUCAGAAAUUCCAAAUUAAGUUCCUACUUCUUCUAUCAUCUCAUUCCAUCAAAAAAGGUCAAAGUUAAAAUAUGCACCAAGUGUAGAGGGUUACUUCAACCUUCACCCUCACAAAGGACUUUGACCAUCCCAUUGUGCAUUUUUGACUAGUAACAGCAAACACCCUCACUACCAGUAGGUUCACCUUUCUCUUCAAGUGGGAUGGAGUUAUUUCAAGCUACUGAAAGCUCAUUACAGCACAGAUAAUUGCCCAGCGGACUGAAGACAAUUUCAGCAGAUAUCUAGCUCUAACACACUGCUCCCAGGGCUUCUCUCCCUGUCCUGUUCUGCAGUAGACACCAGCCCAGAAGAACAGGCUCAAGUUCUGAUUCUAGGUAAUACAGUCUGACUAAGAACACAAAUUUGGCAGGUAAAGAUAGUGCUAAACUUGAUCACAUUCCCCUGAUUUCUAUGCAUUUCAGAAACUCAAGUUUCUUCCUUGAGUGAGAGUAACCUUCCAUUAUUGCAGCAGCACUCCUAACUUUCUCUGAAGAGGGUUAGCAAAGAAACUGCUUACUUUUAAUCUUAUAUCUAACCAAUUGUCAGGGCUGUUAGGCAAAGAUUAGUAAAAAAUAUAAAAUUGCUUAUUGCUACCCUGCCUCCAGAGCACCGGUCUCUUUCCAUCUCCAAGACAGCACUAGCUACAAGAUUUUUUAGUUGCUGGAAAGUCUUACUUUGGAGUGUUAAGGAACAGAAAGUGAGUUAUGGGAAAGUGUAAUUUUACCAAAUAGACGGACAAGCACUUGAAUACUCAAUAGGGGACACACCACGGCAGCUGAGGCAGCGUCGGGAGCUGCGGCUGCUGCUUGCAGGGUUGCCAGGAGCCCCUGGAAGCGGCUCCGCCCAUCUCCACGGCAGCCCUGGCCCUUGGCAGGAACUGCCUUCAUCCAUUCUUUACUAGAUGGGAAUAAAUCCCUCUGCUGCAACAAUGUUACCUCUGGGUGCCGGUCCGGUUUCGCCCGCGGGUUUUCCUGCUGUGGGGAGCCUUUUAAGGACUGCAGGAUUUCCUCCCAGAGUUAUUUUGCAGGAAGUAACUUCACCUAAGACAGCCUAUGGGUAACAUGGCAAAGGCAGGGUCAGAAAACGGCCAUAUUAAAACGCAGGAGGAGAUUGUACGUAUCCAGUUCAGCAAGCAUUCAGCAGGGAAGUUUUACUCCCAACACAUUAAUCACUGGACUUGUGUGCAACUGUGCCUUAAAGUGGAUUUGCCUUCAAGAACAACUCGGGAAAUAAGGACAACAGAGGAGUGCAGCAAGAUACAGGAAGGCAGAGUAGACAUCAUGAAAAAAAAAAAUUCAGGCACACAUGGUUCAAAAAUACAUGGUUACAUUUGCUAAAAUUAACACCUAAAGAAUAAAAAAGUAAUCAAUAUUCCAGUUAAA